AUGUUUUUUGUUAUUUUUUGUAUAUUAGCAAAAAGAGUACGUCAUAUUGUCAACUGUCAACGUUUACAACGUACGUCAUAUUGUCAACUGUCAACGCUUACAACGUACGUCAUAUUGUCAACUGUCAACGUUUACAACGUACGUCAUAUUGUCGACUGUCAACGUUUACAACGUACGUCAUAUUGUCGACUGUCAACGUUUACAACGUACGUCAUAUUGUCAACUGUCAACGCUUACAACGUACGUCAUAUUGUCAACUGUCAACGCUUACAACGUACGUCAUAUUGUCAACUGUCAACGCUUACAACGUACGUCAUAUUGUCAACUGUCAACGCUUACAACGUACGUCAUAUUGUCAACUGUCAACGCUUACAACGUACGUCAUAUUGUCAACUGUCAACGCUUACAACGUACGUCAUAUUGUCGACUGUCAACGUUUACAACGUACGUCAUAUUGUCAACUGUCAACGCUUACAACGUACGUCAUAUUGUCAAUUGUCAACGUUUACAACAAAGAAUGUUAUAUUUUGA